AGCUCUCGCUGUACUUCAACUUUCGAAAGAGGUGGAAAGAGUUUUGAGAUCUUCUACUCAGGUGGGAUGAGGCCAAUUUUCUGUGGGAAUGUUGAGUAUAAUGCCAGACAGUCAGAGUUGGAGAGGCUUUUCAGAAGAUAUGGGAGAGUGGAUAGAGUGGAUAUGAAAUCUGGAUAACAUUGCAAUGUCCAUACUAUCAUGGCUGAUGGACGGAGUCUCAUUUCAUUUCCUAGCUGUGACAAGUGUUCUCUUCUUGUCUCCAAGAAGAGCUUUCUGAUCCAUCAUGGCAUCACAAUCAUAUGUUUUCCUCCGUCAUUAUUGCUUUCCAAUCCAGAAUUUUCCCCAGCCUUCAUUUUACAGACUAGUCACAACUCACAAUGCCGACCUCGAUGCUGAGGCAGCAGAUAAAAUGGAGAAGGCACUUUCUUUACAUUGUUCCCUCAUGUGACAUGCACCUUUACUUGAAAUCUGUUAGUCCACCACCAAAGGUUUUGCUUUUGUGUACAUGGAUGAUGAAAGAGAUGCAGAGGAUGCUAUUCGUGGACUUGACCGUAUAGAAUUUGGCAGAAAGGGACGCAGACUUCGCAUUGAAUGGUCAAAGGAAGAGCGUAAUGGUAGGAGGCCAGAGACUUCAAGGAAAUCUUCAUCUAGUGUCAAACCUUCAAAGACUUUGUUUGUCAUAAAUUUUGAUCCAUAUAGUACUAGGAGCAGGGAUAUAGAGAGGCACUUUGAUCCAUAUGGAAAAAUACUCAAUAUAAGGAUAAGAAGAAAUUUUGCAUUUGUUCAAUAUGAAACUCAGGAGGAUGCUACUAGAGCCUUGGAUGCUACAAACAUGAGUAAACUGAUGGAUCAAGUCAUUACAGUUGAAUAUGCAAAUAAAGAUGAUGAUGACAGGAGAAAUGGGUUUAGCCCUGAUAGAAACCGAGAUAGGGGUCUUAAGAGAGGUUAUGACCGAGGCCGAUCUCGGAGUCCUUAUGGAAGAGAGAGGGGGAGUCCUGAUUAUGGUCGUGGGCGGGCCCGUAGCCCAAGUCCGAUCCGUCAAGGUAGGUCAAGCCCUGAUUAUGGUCGUCGACCUAGUCCUAAUCCCAAUCAUAGGGAAAGGGAUUCUGAGUAUGGCAGUGGCCGUAGUCCAAACAUGAGAAAGGAGAGGAACCCUGAUCAUGGAAAUGGCCAUAGUCCAAACCCUCGUAGGCUGAGAGCCGGUUCUGAAAAUGGUGAGGUGCACAGUCCACCAGAGGAAGGACUUCUGGAAUCUGGUCCUAGUCCCCCUAGGGCGGGGAGGAGAGGGAAAUAUAGCCCAGAUGAUUAUCGUGGCCGUAGCCGUAGCCGUAGCCCAAGGUCUAAACCUGAAGAAAUAGGUAGUCCUAGAUAUGCUGCAGCAGAAAGUCCUCUUCCAGAACGACACAGGAGCCUUUCACCUCCAACUCGAGAAAGAUCCCGCUCCUAAUUUGCUCUGUAUCAGCCUCUGACCUGAGUCAUAUUUUUCGUGGACAGUCACAUUGCUAGUGGGUGCUGUAGAAGUAUGCUUUUAAGUUGCUGGAGCCUCAAAAUUCCAGUGUCUGUUUUUGCUACAAUAUGUUCAAAAUUCCAGUCACUAUAGUAUGGUUUUUUUGACAAUUUGUUCUUAAUAGACUUGCUACUGUAUUAGGUGAUUCUGUUUUAAAGUUGAUAACUCCUUGGUAAUACUUUGGUCUAGUUGGGCUGAACUAUCUUGAAUAUCAUAUUCUCAGAAUAUGUACUGAAGAUGAUGGGUUAUUUGCACUUC